AUGCUGUCGAGGACCUCCCAAAGAACGGCACAGACGCUCCUGCGGGGCGCGAAGCCUGCAUCACGAUGCGGCCCGUCAAUGGCUACACGAACAAUGGCCACGGUUGGUCAGGACAUCUUCAAGCCCACCAAGUUCGGCGGCAAAUACACCGUUACCCUGAUUCCUGGUGACGGUAUCGGUGCCGAGGUCUCUGAAUCGGUCAAGCAGAUCUUCAAGGCAGACAAUGUGCCUGUCGAGUGGGAGCAGGUCGACGUCUCUGGUGUAGAGACAGGUAACAUCCACUCCGAAGAGCUCCUCCGCGAGUCCAUCGCCUCGCUCAAGCGCAACAAGCUCGGUCUUAAGGGUAUUCUACAUACUCCCGUCGAGCGAUCCGGCCAUCGCUCUUUCAAUGUCGCCCUUCGCCAGGAGCUCGAUAUCUACGCCUCGAUUGUUCUGCUCAAGAACAUCCCCGGCUACGAGACGCGCCAUAAGGACAUUGAUUUCUGCAUCAUUCGUGAGAACACCGAGGGCGAGUACUCUGGUCUCGAGCACCAGUCGGUCAGCGGCGUUGUUGAGUCGCUUAAGAUCAUCACCCGUGAGAAGUCGGAGCGCAUUGCCAAGUUUGCUUUUGCAUUUGCGCUCGCCAACAACCGCAAGAAGGUCACUUGCAUCCACAAGGCCAACAUCAUGAAGCUUGCCGAUGGUCUCUUCCGCAACACGGUUAAGAGGGUCGGUGAAGACUACCCAACUCUAAAGACCGACGACAUGAUCGUCGACAACGCCUCCAUGCAGUGUGUCUCGAGGCCACAGCAGUUCGAUGUCAUGGUCAUGCCUAACUUGUACGGAGGCAUCUUGUCUAACAUUGGUGCCGGACUUGUCGGUGGCCCUGGUAUCGUUCCCGGAUGCAACAUGGGCCGCAACGUCGCUGUCUUUGAGCCCGGAUGCCGCCACGUCGGUCUUGAUAUCAAGGGCAAGGACCAGGCCAACCCGACCGCUCUUAUCCUCUCCGCUGCCAUGAUGUUGCGACACAUUGGUCUCGAUGACCACGCCAACCGCAUCUCGCAGUCCGUGUACAAGGUUAUUGCUGAUGGGCAAGUUCUACCCUUUUACAACAAAACCCGCACACGUGAUAUGGGAGGCAACUCCACCACUCACGAGUUCACCCGUGCCAUCCUGAACCAAAUGGAGAAGGCAUAA